CUUCAGUCAGAAGUCACUCGCAACGAAAGAUUUAGAGAGUAAGGAGGCUACGUCAAGGUGAUUCAGAGUUCGUGAUCCUUGUACAUUGAAACGAUCCAGUAUAUACCAUGAGCAAAGUGAAAGAUUCUACAACAGAUGAGACAGAAGAGGAAUUUAGUGUAGAGAAAGUCUUAGACAGAAGAAUCGUGAAGGGAAAAGUGGAAUAUUAUUUAAAAUGGAAAGGAUAUUCCAACGACGAAAACACAUGGGAACCAGAAGAAAAUUUAGAUUGUCCAGAUCUGAUCGCUCAGUUUGAAGAACAACGGAAAAAGAAGGAUGGAAGUGCAUCUGGGAAACGUCAUGAAGAAAAGGAACAAAAGAAACGAAAAAGCAAUAACACACCGACGCCCACUCAAGCCAAGAAAAAGGCAGCAGUAGAAGAAAAGAAGCUGGAAGGUAAAGGAUUUGAUAGAAAUCUGGAACCCGAGCGUAUUAUCGGAGCGACAGAUUCCAGUGGUGAACUGAUGUUCUUAAUGAAAUGGAAAGGAACAGACGAUGCAGAUCUGGUACCUGCACGCAUUGCUAACGAAAAGUGCCCACAGAUCGUGAUUAAAUUUUAUGAGGAACGACUCACAUGGCAUAGCCCAGCUCACGAUGACGAAAACUCGACGAAACCUGACCCGGAGUAGCGCCCAGCGUUCUUUCAUGAUUUAUUUUUAUCAUUGCAAAGUAUUUCCUUGUAACAUCUAUCCUAGGUUAUUUACGAGUUUUUUAACUUUUGUAGGUAAAAAAUAAAUAUAUCAAAGAUUUUUUGAAUAUUAAUAUAGAAUGGUAUAAUGUAGAAGGAAUUGAAGAAAGUUCAAAGAUUAUUUUAAAGAAAACUACGUACAUUGUCACCACUUAAUAACAUGUCUAUCUUUGAAAUGUGGAAACGUGAAUUUUCAAACAAUUACAUAAGUUUCACCGACACAUCUUAAAAUGUAUUAUUUUUUCGUAGAUAAUAUCUUUCAAUACAUAACAUAUUUAUUAAAAAUAUAUUUUAAAUAGCAGUUUUUUUUUAAUAGCAUAGGUUCUUUCUAAUUAUUUCGUUCUUUUUUUUUUGUAUUUAUCAUGUAGUCAUGUAAAAUGUUAAUAAUCUGUUGCACCUACAUAAAUUAUCUGCCAUUUUAAUUAAAAUAUAUGCGAUUUACUGUUCAAAUAAAUAAAUUAAAAAUUGAUAA